AUGGCCGAAAACCGCCCAGUGAUUGUGGAGGAGUUCUCGCGGCCCAGCAAGCGGCCCAAGCUGGAGUCGGUCCGGCUGCGCGUGAAGAAGCUGUGCGAGCAUGCCGUCCUGCCGAGGAGGGGUUCUCCGGGGGCGGCGGGAUACGACCUCUCCAGUGCGGAUGACUUCGUCGUGCCUUCGAGAGGGAAGGCUCUCAUCAAGACGGGCCUGGCCGUGGGGAUCCCCAGCGGCACUUAUGGCCGCGUGGCCCCGCGUUCCGGGCUGGCGAUCAAGAAUUUCAUAGACGUCGGCGCGGGGGUCAUUGACGAGGACUAUCGGGGGGCCCUGGGCGUCAUUCUCUUCAACCACGGCGACGAGGACUUCCAAGUCAAGAGGGGUGACAGGAUCGCACAACUAAUUCUUGAGCGCAUUAUCACUCCUGACGUUGAGGAGGUGGCAGAACUGGAGGAGACAGAGAGGGGAGAGGGUGGCUUCGGGUCGACGGGGGUUGCUUUGGCAGAAAAGGACCAGAAUCGUGCCAGGACUGUGCCUGUGGUUUAA